CAAUUAUAAACCAAAAUGUAAUAGUAAACAAGAUGAAUUUGAUAAGUGAAGACAAUUAGAAGAAUCUAAAUUUUGUUUGUUUACUGUUUAGUGUCAACAGGUUUGUUUUGAUUGUGGUCAUUUAAAGUUUCAUCUUCUUCUAAUAAACAUGGUGACCAGUUCUCAAGGACCAAAAAGAACAUUAAGUAAAGAGAAAUAUAGUAAAGUGGUUAAAGAGUGUCAAGAAACUGGGGUCAGUUACGUGGACACUUGUUUCCGAGCGGAAGAUUCAUCGGUUUAUAAAUCAAUCGGUUUCAAGAAUAAAUUGAUUGCCGGUAAAAUCUCAUGGAAAAGACCAAAGGAAAUCACCUCUGAACCUUAUGCUUUAUUUAAAGACAAAAUUGGUCCCAAUAUGAAUAUUCAAUUUUUCGGCUUUGGUCCAAAUGAAUGGUUAAUUGCUGCGGCUGUUGCUCUCUCUCAGGAUAAAAAUCUAAUUUAUAAGAUUCUUCCUAAAGAUCAAUACAACUUUAACCAUGGGAUCUUCAAAAUAUGGAUUUGGGAUUAUGGUACAUGGACAAAGGUUCUGAUCGAUGAUAAAUUACCUGUUUCGGAUAAUAGAUUGAUCUUUACCUCUUCUCAAUGUGGACAAAUUUUCUGGUUAUCGUUAUUGGAAAAAGCUUAUGCUAAAUUGAAAGGAAAUUAUGAAACAAUGUCAACCUUUGGUAAUUUGACUGAUGCUUUGACUGAUUUUUCUGGUUCACCCACCGAGCAGAUUAAGAUUAACCUUGAUGAUGAUGAGAAGGAGCUUUUCCGCCUAAUUGCUGAGGAAAUUAAUCGUAAAUCAAUUGUUUGUCUCAAAACUCGGGAGGAUUGCACUGAUUCUUAUUCAAAUGGAUUGAAACAAAAUCACUUCUAUGUGGUCACUUCGGUCAAGAAACCAGCCUCAGGCACUUUCAAGAAAAACUCAAAGGAUGGAAUAGCAAGUCUAAAGAUAAUUGAUACAAUUUAUCCGGAAAAGAGAAAUUGUCGCAGUAGUUUUCUGGAUGAAAAGUAUCAUGAGCAAUGGAUCAACCUUGAAAAGUUUUCCACCAACUUUGAAUCGAUAACAAUUUGUCGUUUACACAUUGAAGAUAAUCGUUUCGUUGAGACUCGACAUUCAAACAUGUCCAGUCAAUUUUGCUUCGAUGUAACCAAUGAAUCGGAAGAGAUAAUGAUUGACCUUAUACAGAAAAACGAUCAACCUGAAAGAUUUGGUUUCAAAAUCUAUCAAGUUGAACUGAAUCGACGUUACCGUUUACAUAAUCCAUCUUUAUGUAAUAUGAUCCAUUUUCAUGAUACAAUUAAAACCCGAAGCAUCUUCCACCGAAUCAAAUUGGCCCAUGGUCGAUAUAUAAUUAAACCAGUCUCAAAAUCUGAUUGUGAUCUAAUGAUUAGACUUUACUCUAAGGAGAGAUCUAAUUUAAGAGUAUUAGAUGAAGAUAUGCCCAAGAAAAACUUUUUCCGUUUUCUUGCACCCAAAUAUCCAAAAUUCGUGACAAAAAUAACCGUUCAAUCAAUUACUGGAAUCGAAAAGCAAGAUCGGUUUGGAAGUGCUAAUCCUUACCUGAUUAUCCGUUGUGGUGGUGAUACAGUUAAAUCAACUUCUAUCAAUAACACCCUGGACCCUGAUUUUAAGGAUUUCUCUGCAAUAUUUUAUCAUGGGGCAAGUGAUACAAUCAUGAUUGAGGUUUGGAAUAAUAGUUUAAUAUUUGACUCUUUCAUUGGUCAAGUUGAAGUGACCACUGACCUUUCCAAAUCUGAAUCGUCUACACUAGAAGAAGAGCUUUGUGGCCGUAAGAAAGGUCACAAGAGACCAGGAAUUGUCAAGUAUAAAGUUCACACUUCGGAAGAUUUAAAAUCUCUUUGAUUAGUUUAACUAAUUGUAGCUUGAAGAUGAUGACCAUUGGAAACAAAGAGCUUCACAAUCAACAAUUGACUGGACACAAUUAACUCUAUUUGACUUGUUGAUGAUUAAUAUUGAUUCACAUUCCGCUGAUACAUUUCGGGAAUCAAAUUUAUAUGUAAACAAAAAACGCACAAAUUGAUUAUGUUAUCAUUGUUAACAAUCAACAAAUCAUAGUGGAUGAAACUAGAUCAAUAAUCAAGAUUUAAUUUAUUCAAUCUAAUUGAAGAUCAAUCAUUUUACCAAAAUAUUAUCCAGCUCAAUUUAAUCAUCAAGUUGAUUGAUUGACUUGACCAAUUUUCUUAACGAUUGAGUCUCGAUUAACGUGUCAAACUGGUCAAAUUAACGAUUCAUCAUUAAGUCUGAUCACUAUGAUUAAUUUAAAUUGUGCAUUCAUAUUAUAUUCACACUAAUUAUAACAUAUAAUUGUAUUUAAGAUUAACUUUUAACCAUCUUCUUAAUCAUAUUAAUCUAUGCAUUGUUUUUUUUAAUCUCUGUAUUAAAUUUAUAUUCAUUGUAACUUGAUACACUUGCCAACGAUUGUGAUUUAUUGUUGAUGAUUUAACCAUCAAUUAAAUCACUCGCUUCUAAUUACCAAUCGCCAAUCAACACCACUCAAAACAUUAAUCAAUUAAUUUGCAUGUUGAUUCAUUCUAAUCAAUUAUAAUUAAAAAAUAUUUAUAUUUGA